GGAAGGCGAGGAUCGACCCUCCAGAUCCUUCCCAGAUCCACCCCCGCCGGGGAAAAAGGGUCGGGCGGGCGCUGCCCCCUGCCCGAGGAGGGGGCCGCGUGUCUGCGGGCGAGUCCCGAGGGCUGCUCUGCUCGCCCUCCCUCCUUCCCUCCCCCUUCUGCCCCUCGGGCCAAGGAGACGAAGAAGGGGAGGGGGUCCCUGGCGCGGAUCCCCCUUUGAUGCCCCAUCGGCGCCUCGACCCCAAUUCAACUUCGCCCUCCUCCCCGACCCCGACCGGGGGGGAAAAGAGGUUCCGAUGGCCGGGCCAACGCGGCAGCUGGGCUGGCUCCGGGGCUGGUGGACUACCGGCGUGUGUUUGGCGAGCCUGGCCUUCCCAGGCCUCUGGGCUCAGAAGGUGCUUGUCAAUGAGACGGUCUCCGGCUUCAUCGGGACUGAUGUAGUCCUUCAUUGCAACUUGGUCAAGAUCAACCACACAAGGAUCACUCAAGUCACCUGGCAGAAGGCCAGUAAUGGCUCCAAGCAAAAUGUGGCCAUCUACAACCCCGUCAUGGGUCUCUCCAUCCUUCCCCCCUACGAGGAGAGAGUGGUCUUCCAGAGCCCAUCCAUCACCGACGGGACCAUCAAGCUGUCCAACCUGCAGUUGGACGACGAAGGGAUCUACAUCUGUGAGUUUGCCACCUUCCCUACCGGCAACCGGGAAAACCAACUCAAUCUCACCGUAUUGGCCAAACCAGUAAACCGGAUGGAAGGUACCACCAGGCCACUGAUUGCCCGGGCCGGCAUGACAGAAAAAAUCCUGGUGGCCACCUGCAUAUCCUCCAAUGGGAAGCCUCCCAGCACUGUGACCUGGGACACUAAGCUGAAAGGCGAGGCGGAAUUCCAGGAGAUCCGCAAUGAGAAUGGCACCAUCACUGUGAUCAGCCGCUACCGUCUUCUACCAAGCCGGGAGGCCCAUCAGCAGCAGCUGAAGUGUGUGGUCAACUACCAGUUGGAGCGUUUUACGGAGAGCAUGACCCUCAACGUGCUGUAUGAACCCGAGGUUAGAAUCGAUGGUUUUGACAGCAACUGGUACCUCAACCGGAAGGAUGUGAAGUUGACUUGUACAUCUGAUGCCAAUCCUCCUGCUACGGAGUACCAAUGGAAGCUGCUGAAUGGUUCGUUGCCCGACAGUGCCGAAAUUCAAAACAGCACUCUGUUCUUCAAAGGACCAGUCACGUACAGCCUAUCGGCAACAUAUAUCUGUGAAGCCACCAACACCAUCGGCACCCGAUCUGGGCAGGUGGAAGUGAAUGUCACAGAAUUCCCCUACACCCCGUCUCCACCGGUCACAUCCGUGGCACAUCCGACCAUCCCCACAGCCGUGAUUGGGGGCGUGGUGGGCGGAGCCUCGUUGGUCGUAGUGGUGGCCGUGGUCGUCCUUAUGGUGCUCCGUCACCGGCGCCACACUUUCAAGGGCGACUACAGCACCAAGAAGCACGUCUACGGCAACGGGUACAGCAAGGCGGGCAUCCCUCAGCAUCACCCGCCCAUGGCCCAGAACCUUCAGUAUCCUGACGAUUCGGACGACGAGAAAAAGCCUGGCCCGCUGGGUAGCAACAACUACGAGGACGAAGACGACGAUGGCGCUGGGGCCGAAAGGAAACACCGGUCCUGUCCCACCAAGUACGAGGAGGACUCCAAGCGGCCUUACUUCACGGUGGACGAGGGCGAAGCCCACUCUGAAUCCUACAACGAACGGACACUUGGAUUCCAGUAUGACCCCGAGCAACUGGACAUAGCCGAUAACAUGGUCUCUCAGAAUGACGGGUCUUUUAUUUCCAAAAAAGAGUGGUAUGUGUAGCUUGGUCCACCUCCUCCCCUCUCUUGCCCUCUCUUCACAGGCCACGUCCUGCCUCCCUGGGACUGGUGGCUGCUCCACAGAGACCGUGGGCCUUGUCAGACAUCCAGAGGCCUCCCCGCCCACCCAACACACGCAUCCCCAGAGACCUCCAUCCGCUGGGGAGUGGGACGCAGUACAGGGACACUUGGGAAGCCAACGAGAACUUCCACCACUUUGUGGGCAACCCAGAGGAGGCAAAGCAGGGGAGUCGAGAGGGGGUGGGGAACGGGAGGGACGUUGCUUGGCUUAAUGAAUUUAUUUCCUUCUCGGGGAGAGGAGAGCAAUCUUUCUUUUCCCCCUGCUUAAUUUUCUCCGACAGAGAUUGGUCCCUUACCGUGUCGUUUGUACUGAUCAGUGGUGGCUUUGAUGUUAAAAUACUUUUAAUUAUUAUUGCCUGUCUUUGUAUAGUAUACCGAUCCCACCCGCCAUCUGCACCUCCUGGUUGCAUCUUAAAAGUGUCUCUUGGUCAGCCUGGGGGGGGGGGCUCCUCUUUCACCCUCCCACCUCCCUUCAAAAACAUUGGAAUUUGUUUAUUGUCUUAACUUUGGGGUGGGGAGGGGGGCCAGGACCGCCACUCCCUUCCAUGGACUCUGGAAGGCAAAGUGGGGGCUUGCGGGCUGCAGACACCGAAAGCACAAAAGCACAGAAUCGGGGCCCGAGACUUUGCUCCUGCACAUCUGGAUCUUCCUUUUCAGCAUCUCCACUGUGGCCAUUUCCCACAAUGCACCUGUGGUGGGAAGAGAAUAAGCACCCGCCUUUAUCCAUGGCCGCCAAAAACAAAAAACCCCAGACUCAACUUCACCUUCAGAAGAACCUUUGGGGAAAGCAAGGAACAAAUGAGAGUGCAUGAUAUCCAGGGAGGAGAAGUGUAAUAAGUGUGGGUCUCUUAUUUCUCUUGUUGUGGUUGUUAUUUCGUUCUCAGUUAUGAUUUUAAGAGAGAGGUUCGGAGUCUGUCAAGAUUUGCAUGCCACAUUAUCUCUCUUUCUUUUUUUUUUUCCCACCCUCGUUUGCUCCUGGACCCAACAUCUUUUGUCCAUGAGCUUCUUCUUAGAUUCACUUGCUUGAGUCCAUUCCUGUCAGUUUCUCACUUUUUGGAACUGUCAGUGAGUGGACAGACAACCAAAGUAGUCGCUUGGCUCUUCGUCAAGUCUCAGUGCUUAAUGUUGGAAACCUGGUGAAACUUAACAGCUUUGUGUGCAUCCCAGAGGCUCCAAUUCCUGUCACUGACCCUUCCCAUUAAAUAGCCUCAAGUGGCAAGCAAAUAGAGAGAUGGGUGAAUUUAGAAAAAAAUUGUUUUUGUUUGGGGCUGAAAUCUUAACCGCUCUGUUGGGACACUUUGAGUUGGCCUGUAUGUUUUGUUUGGGGGUUGUGCUUGUUUUGGAAGCAAACUUGAAAUUGGCUUGAAUGUUCCAUCACAACUAAACUUUU